AUGAAGGCCGAGGGGAUGCCCGCUGCCGUUGCCCAGACGGUCAUCACCGAGGUGCCUGGCCCCCUCUCCAAGGCCAGCACCAAAGAGCUGAACAGCGUCUUUGACGCUCGCGCCGUCCACUUUGUCGUCGACUACGAGAAGAGCUCUGGCAACUACAUUGUCGACGUUGAUGGCAACAAGUACCUCGAUAUUUCGUCCUCUAGUUACUCUCAAAUUGCAUCUAUCCCGGUUGGCUACAACAAUGAGACUCUGAUCGAGGCGGCCAAGUCUCCAGAGAUGAUCUCGGCCCUGGUCAACCGGCCAGCCAUCGGAAACUUCCCAUCUUCAUUCUGGCACGACAUCCUGCAGGACGGUCUGUUAAAAGUUGCCCCGACGGGUCUGAACCAGAUCUUCACCGCCCAGUCGGGCUCGGAGGCCAACGAGCUCGCCUACAAGGCCGCCUGUAUGUUCUACAGGCGGCGCGAGCGUGGUGGCGCCGGCUGGGCGCAGGAGGAGAUCGACUCCUGCCUCAAGAACUCCAAGCCCGGCUCUCCCGAGUUGGCCAUUAUGAGCUUUAAGAAUUCGUUCCACGGCCGCGGCUUCGGCAGCCUAUCGACCACCCGGUCCAAGGCUGUCCACAAGCUCGACAUCCCGGCCUUCAACUGGCCCCAGGCCUCAUUCCCUGCUCUGAAGUACCCUCUUGAUAAGCACGCUGCUGAGAACGCGGCCGAGGAGAAGCGGUGCCUAGAGGAGGUCGAGGUCUUGAUUGAGCAAUGGCACUGCCCUGUUGUCGGACUCAUCGUUGAGCCAAUCCAGAGCGAAGGAGGCGAUAACCACGCAUCCUCGGCAUUCUUCCAGGGACUACGAGACGUUACCAAGAAGCACAAUGUUGCUAUGAUUGUCGAUGAGGUCCAAACCGGCUUCGGUUCGACUGGAAAGUUCUGGGCCCAUGCCCACUGGAACCUGACCUCGCCCCCAGACAUGGUCACGUUCUCUAAGAAGGCGCAAACGGCGGGAUACUUCUUUGGCAAUCCCGAUCUGGUUCCUGACCAGGCCUACAGGCAGUUCAACACGUGGAUUGGUGACCCGGCCCGCGUCAUUGUCAGCAAGGCCGUCGUCAAGGAGAUCCUGAACAACAAGCUGGUCGAGCAAUGCGCGCGCGUUGGCGAUGUCCUGCACUCCGAGCUAGAGAAGCUCGCGACCAAAUACCCCGAGCACGUCAAGAACCUCCGUGGAAAGGGCCAGGGCACCUAUAUUGCAUUCGACACCCUGAAACCGGCCGAGUUUGUCAAGACGAUGAGGCAGCUCGGAGUCAACAUCGGCACCUGCGGCCUCCAGACCGUCAGGCUCCGGCCGAUGCUGAUCUUCGACGAGUCGCACAUCCCGAUCCUGAUCUCUGCCAUGGACAAGACGCUUGCGUCUCUCUAA